AUGGUGUCGCCGACGCAAGCCUCGUCGAUUCUCAAGCGCAAGGACGCAGCCCGUCGCAAGGAAUACCAUAUCGUCGGGCCGAUCGGCCACGCCAUUUUGGGUGCCGCCCGCAAACUCAACCGCGACAGCACGCUCUUCCACUCGAGUCAAGCGUCGUCGCUGCAAUUGGCCAACCCGGCGCUCGACCUGCCGCAGCACCGGCCGUUCAUUACGCUCUGCGUCCUGCGUCGGCGAUCGCACGCCAACUUUAUCGUGCUCACGUCGUUCGUGCACGACGUCUCGGACGCCGCGUACUUUGCGUCGACGACGUCGUCGAUGCGCCUCUGCCUCUCGCCCGGUGUCUUUUUGGACGCAGUGUACGCGGCCGAGAAGGCGCCAGCACAUGGCCGGAGCCUCCUCAAGCUCUUCGCGCCGCUGCAUGCGAUCGCCGUCGACGGCAACCACCCGUUCCCGCUGCUUCUGGGCACGUACUUUCUCGAGGUACUCGAUACCGAGCAUCACUGCGACGCGACCUUGCCGAGUCUGAGCUGA